UACACGCUCAUAAAAGAGCACAGGAAACCAGUGAUACUAGAGCAAUUUCAUCGGAUACUGAGAUUGUAACCCUUUCUCACGUAUCAGAAAUACCCUCAAGUAUUCUAUGACAGCAACGGACAUGGAUCCAUCCCUCGUAGCUGCUUACGCGUCGAAGAAGUUUGUGAUAGGCGAAAUUUUGGAGAAUAACGCAAAUGAAACCAAGGAUGGCGAGUUGGAUGCAGCAGCAGCAGUGGCGGGUCCACAGGAAAAGGCAUACACCGUUCCCACCGAGUCAUCUCUAACGUGCAGUAGCCCGGUUGGUGAUGAGCCGCGUCGAAAUUUGAAAAGGUCUUAUGGAGGGAAUAUGGCUGCGCAGAACACUCCUACAUCCCUGACCUCGCCGAUUGGACCAGGAGACUCGGACAACAGCAUCCUUUCUACUCCAUCACCUCUCACAUGCAGCAUCUCCCGUUUCCUAUGCUCUGUGGACGAUUUCGAGCUUGAAGACACUAUUCAGGAACGUCUCAGGGAGGUUGUUAGUCAGCUUCCUGUCAGUUUCGUACAAAAGAAGGGUAGGCUGGUGGUUGAGCCCAAGGAACCAUACUUCGUCAUCUCCAGUGACGGCCCAGCAGCGGCACUGCUCAAUAAGAGCUCUUCUGCGAUUACUGGCAGAAUGCUCCGCUCGAUCGAUUGGGGCUGCGACAAAAAACUCAAGUUGUGCAGAGCUAUGCUACAUGCAGCAAGGACGGGCAGAUCGACUCUUGUGACCAUGCGCGUUCCAAAGAAAGCUCAAAUCUUGAUUCUGGCGCUUGAGAAAUUCAUUUGCACAACUGGCAACGAAAGGAUUGAGGUCCUGAUCUAUCCGACAAACCUGGAGUACUCAGAGCCUCAGCGGCUGCCUGAGGUUAGUCUGGUCCAAAGUGCCGAAUUCUUUCGUCUCCAGAGCAUUUCUUCAAACAUGGACAGUGCUGCCGACAAGGAUCUCGAAGUAUCUGAGGACGAGAUGGCUAGUUUGCGUGGAAACCUCGAAUCGAUCUUCAAUUUGUCCCAAGAGAUGACAAGCAAGAAGGGCAAGCUCACGGAUUUCUGCCCCGAGAAUUCUGAGAAUCCGAGCUGA